AUAUCGUCAAACUUACUAAUAUGACUUCCGAAUCAAAUGAACAACCACCAAAGUAUACUUAUACUCCAUUUCCGCAAACAACCACUGUUCACCCUCUCCGACCUUACUAUGUACCCCAAGAUAUGGAUCAUUAUUAUACACCUUUCGGUAAUAAUACUACUAAUUCAACGGAAGUUCAAAAUGACAUGACAGAUUUAGAUUCUCAAAGUUUAUUAAAGGAUUUGGCAAGUUUAGGAUUUAUUAAAUACGUUGGAGUAGGCUUUUCACAUCCUUUUGAAGCUGCAAAGACUUUAUUACAAGUCCAAUAUUUGCCAAACGAAGAUAUUGUACCAAUGGUUGCUGAAAAUACGCAUGGAAAUAACGGUUCGGAGGAGGAUCUUGAUGAUGAUGAUGAUGAUGAUGAAUUAUAUGUUCGUUCUUCACAACCUCUCGAUCCAGACGCUCCUGGAUUUCGUAAAACUAAAUCAUCAGAUAGCCAAGGUUAUCUUACUACUAAUAUUUAUGAUGCAUCAACACGACCACAUUACAUGUUACCUCCAUUGGAAAAUGGUGUAUGGUCAACUUUAGGGGCAUUAAGAAGUCAUAAUUCUGAAGGAUUUAGUUCACUUUGGAAAGGACACUUCGCAAGUUGGCUUUAUGAUAUGGGCCAUCUCUUUCUCCAGCCUACACUUGAAGGCGCAUUGAACGAUGCAUUUGAUUUAUAUGAUGAUACAAUUCCACUGAUUUAUUUGGAUCGCGUCGGUCCUAAUAUCGCUACCUUAGUAACCAGCCAUCUUGUAGUUGGAGUACUUUUAAGUCCUUUGGAGGUUAUACAAACAAGGCUUAUUGUACAAACAUCAUCACCAAAUAAUAAAAAGUAUAAUGGUACAUUUGAUUGUUUGCGCAAAAUGAUUAAAGAAGAAGGAUAUUCUUCUUUGUAUUGGUCCCAUAACCUAUUACCAUCAAUUAUCUAUCAUACAAUCUCUCCAUUAUUGGAAUGCACAGUUCCAUUAAUUAUAGAUCGUAUAUUUCAUAUUUCUCCGGUCGAUUCCCCAUUUUUAUAUGGACUUGCACAGCUUGGACUUAAUACACUCCAAUUGCUCAUAAUUUUACCUCUCGAAACUGUUCGUAAGAGAUUACAAUGUCAAAUCCGAUCUCGCACUCCAGACAAGCCAUUUGAAACAAUUGUUCAAACGCGUAAAGCUCCUUAUGUUGGCAUAUUAGACGCAAUCUAUAGAAUAAUUAUUGAGGAAGGCAUCAGUCAAAAAUACAUACCUACGCGUGGAAACGUUCAAAAACGACGUAGGCAACGUGGAUUGUUAGAUAAUUAUGGAAUUAAAGGUUUAUAUCACGGAUUUUAUAUUCACUUUACCACCAACGUGACUACAUUUUUAUUUCAAGCUGUGAAUGGUGUUGAAGAUGAAUUUGAAAAUUAUUAGGACAAAAAAUUUUUUUGUUUUACACAAAAGGAUUAUUUAAUGAUGUAUUAAUAAUAAUGUCUGGAUACUAAAUUAGUUUUUGAAGAUAAAAUUAUUUUCCAAAAUUCACGUUAUUUAUUCAUUCAAUAAAAUAGUUCAUAUCAUACAUAUUUAACAUCAUAAAGAUGAAAGUUCUGCC